UAUGUAAACUCCAGUAAUCUUUAGUGAUCUAUAAUGGAGGCAUCCACUUUUAGUAAGGUUUCGUUUACCGAUUUCAAAUGGCUCAAUGAACCGAAACACUGGAAAGCUAACAAGGACGUGCUCGAAUUUUCUACUGAUAAUAAAACUGACUUUUGGCAGAAAACUUUUUACGGUUUCGCUUUUAAUACUGGACAUCUGUAUGGAGUGGAAAUAAAAGAUGACUUCACUUUGGAGGUUUGCGUCGAAGCAAAUUUCAAAACUCUCUACGAUCAAGCGGGUCUCAUGAUCUACAUAGAUGAGCACCAUUGGUUAAAGGCUGGUAUCGAGUAUAACGACGGGCAGCCUAUGAUCGGAAGCGUCCUUACCAAUGGAGUUUCGGACUGGGCUACUGGCAUAUUUCCUGGCAACCCCAACAAAUUCUACCUCCGCCUCACCCGCCUCCGCGACGCUGUAUGUGUCAAAUAUUCCAUAGACAACCAAAUUUGGACUUUACUCAGACUUUGCCCGUUUCCUACAGCCAGCAAGUAUUUUGUUGGACCCAUGGCAUGCACGCCGCAAAGGGAAGGGUUGGAAGUUAAAUUUAGUAAUAUUAGUAUUAGUAAACCGGCGGAUGAUAUUUUACAUUCAAAUUAACGUAUUCAAAAAUGGCGAAAUCGCCUUAACUUGCACUGAAGCCAGAUUUGUACAGUCAGCAGUAGAGUUGCUAAGCGGGCAAUGUAGUAAUAAAUAUUAGUACUGACUGUACUAAUAUUUUCGCAGACAUUUUGGAAACCACUUCAUGACUUCAAGGUUUGUUAAUAGUUUGUUAUUGCGUUGCAUCGAUGCGUCGAUUUGACAUACUGCGGAAUGAGAUGAUAGAGAUGCAAAUAGUGCAACCUAUACUCUGUAUCUUUAGGUAUUUAAAUAAAAGUAAACAUAAUCUACCCUCAAAAUGGCUCCUUAAGCUAGUUGAGGGUAGAUGAAAACAUUACAUGAUCAAAUAAUGUAGGUUAAAGUCAGGUAGUUCAGUAACUGAUCCAAGCGUUUUUGUAUUUGGUUGGUUAACCAAUAAAUGUUAUAACUACCCGUACAAAUUCAUUGUUUACUUUUAUUUAAUACCUAAAGAUACAGUCGAUACAGACUAUAAUAACAAACCAUAAAGUGAAAAGGAAUUAUUGUUUCAUAUAAAUAUAUCACUGCAUAUAAUUUACAUACCAUUCAAAUACAUAUGUUGACCUUAAAUAAAACAAUUAUAUUGAAAAAGUAUUUAUUCCUUCUUUACAGUCCUUACGACCUUAUUGUCUUAUUUUACGUGGAAUGUAAACGACAGACAACACAGAGCGACUACCGCUAAAACCGAAAUUCGCAAAUUGUGGGGAUCUUUAUCUUUUACUCCAACGAAGGCGUAAUUAGAGUGACAGAGAAAAAUCCCCGCAAUUUGCGUACUUCGAUUUUCGCGGUUAUAGCCCAGGAUCAAAAAUAUUAUAUAUACCUACGAGGAAUUUUAUUUCUGUAUAAUUUCGUACCUUGUCAGAGUAACAAUAUGAAAUGGUACAGAAAAUAAAUUUUUUGACUGUACAUUUAUCCUUGUAUUUCGACACUACUUUAAAAAUCUCGUAUCUUACAUUGCUACUCAAAGUUGGAAUGCAGUAACUCUGUAUGCAUCUAAUCUAAUACAUAGUUUUUAUUUUUGAUUGAACCAGAUAAGUUGUUUUGAAAGUAGUGACAUAUUACAUGUAUUUCUUUUACAUAUUCUAUAUAUGUAUGUAUGUAUGUAUGUGUUCCUAACUAAUAUUUACCAUUUACUGUGACUUCUAUAAAAAUAUUUCUUUUACGUUUAUUUGGUAGUGACCAGCAAUAUGGUUAUAGGUACUCGUAUUUUAAAAAUGUAUAUAUUUUCAUAAUAAUUGUUCUGAGAUCGACAAAUGUCCUGUGUUGAUGGUACUUGUAUUUGUUCCUUAAUUUUAAUAGCCUUAUCCUUGUUAUAAAGGGUGAGUGAUAUAGUAUUUGGCCACUCCAUAUUAAAGCAGUAAGAAACAGGCCAAUUACUACGGACGGGUCAAUAACUAAAUCACCUAACCCCAACAUCUACUACAAUCCUACAAGUAUAUGUUCAUAUCUCUUAGAUUAGCAAGCGUUCACAGGCUACGGUCAUCACUUACCAACAGGUUUACCUAUUUAGCGGCUAACCACAUUAAGUAUAACUUUAUGCUGCUCACUACCUAUACCUACUUAACAUAACUUACAUUCUAAAUAUGAAAUGCUCUGUUAUAACCGAUUCUACGAGUAACUAAAUAAAUGGCGAAGCAUAACUAUUACAUUUAUCACAAUCAAACUAACAAACGAUACAUAUUCAUAAU